GGAGGGGCGCUCGGACAAAAUCCGCGCGCAGAAGGAUUCUUGGGAUGGAACGAACUGGGUCUCGUGUCCGGGCCGAGAACCAUUGAUUCGUUGGGAGAAAAACCUGGCGAGCAAGUUGAACUAAGGGUAAAGGAUAGCUCGGGGUUUUACCCCGCGAUGGAGCCACGCACGGCCGGGGCCCAGAUCUGGGGAAGAAACAAGAAGAGGGAGAAAGAGACAAGCCGCGACAAGGCGGGCUUGGCUGGUGGAGUUGGAGCUGGAGAGCCGCUUGGCAGUAAAUCUGGGGAAAUCUUGGCGGGGGAAACACACACACACACACACACAAAAAGAGAGCUCUCAGAUCACUCGAUGACAUCAGAUGAGCAAUUGACAUGGCGAACGAUGUGUCGAAAAAUAAAUAAAAGCGUGAUGAUAACAUCCGGCCUGACUAAGGAAAUCCCCUGGUCAUUUACCAUUUGCCCAGAAACUCUGGUUGAGGGGCGGCGUUAA